UACCUGUGCAUUGGGUUUUUCUGGCCUAAAUGCAUGCUUUAUAGUAUUGCAAGGAAAUUACUAUGAUGAUGUAAGCAUGAUGUAAAAGAAAUGCUAAUAUCUUAAUACUGAUCACACAACCUGCUCCUUUGCUUGUCAUUUUAUAGGUUCUAAUAUGGUUAAUGCAGGAAAUAUGAAUGGCUCUGGAAAUCUGAUGGAUUUUUUGGAUGAACCUUUCCCUGAUGUUGGCACUUAUGAAGACUUUCAUACCAUUGAUUGGUUAAGGGAGAAAUCUCGGGAUACAGAUAGACAUAGAAAGAUUACAAAUAAAAGCAAGGAGUCUAUAUGGGAAUUCAUCAAAAGUUUAUUGGAUGCCUGGUCAGGAUGGGUUGUUAUGCUACUUAUAGGACUGCUGGCAGGUACAUUGGCUGGAGUUAUAGAUUUAGCAGUGGACUGGAUGACUGAUUUGAAAGAAGGAGUCUGUUUAAAAGCCUUUUGGUAUAGUCAUGAGCAGUGUUGCUGGACAUCCAAUGAAACUACUUUUGAAGACAGGGACAAAUGUCCUCAGUGGCAAAAGUGGUCUGAACUUUUAGUUAACAAAUCUGAGGGUGCCAGUGUUUACAUUCUAAAUUAUUUCCUAUACAUCUUAUGGGCAUUGUUAUUUGCUUUCCUGGCUGUCUCCCUUGUCAGAGUAUUUGCUCCUUAUGCUUGUGGAUCUGGAAUUCCAGAGAUAAAGACCAUCUUAAGUGGCUUUAUUAUUCGAGGUUAUCUAGGCAAGUGGACGCUCUUAAUCAAAACUGUAACUUUAGUUCUGGUGGUAUCCUCAGGACUCAGUCUUGGCAAAGAAGGGCCUCUUGUGCAUGUAGCCUGCUGCUGUGGUAACUGCUUUAGCAGCCUCUUCUCCAAGUAUAGCAAGAAUGAAGGAAAAAGGAGAGAGGUGCUGUCCGCUGCAGCUGCUGCUGGUGUCUCUGUUGCCUUUGGCGCACCCAUUGGGGGGGUCCUUUUUAGUUUAGAAGAGGUGAGUUAUUAUUUUCCCUUGAAGACUCUCUGGAGAUCUUUCUUUGCUGCACUUGUUGCAGCCUUUACCCUGAGAUCCAUCAAUCCAUUUGGAAACAGCCGCCUGGUCCUUUUUUACGUGGAAUAUCAUACCCCUUGGUACAUGGCUGAACUUUUCCCCUUUAUCUUGCUUGGGGUUUUUGGAGGAUUGUGGGGGACGCUUUUUAUUCGAUGCAACAUUGCAUGGUGCAGGAGGCGUAAAACUACUAGACUUGGAAAGUAUCCAGUCAUAGAGGUCAUUGCGGUCACUGCCAUAACUGCUAUUAUUGCCUAUCCCAAUCCUUACACACGAAGGAGCACCAGUGAGCUUAUCUCUGAACUCUUCAAUGACUGUGGAGCCUUGGAGUCAUCGCAGCUCUGUGACUACAUAAAUGAUCCCAACAUGACUAGACCUGUGGAUGAUAUUCCCGACAGACCAGCUGGUGCAGGAGUAUACAUGGCUAUGUGGCAGCUAGCUCUGGCUCUGGUUUUUAAAAUCAUCAUUACCAUAUUCACUUUUGGCAUGAAGAUCCCUUCAGGACUCUUUAUACCCAGCAUGGCUGUAGGAGCAAUAGCUGGUAGAAUUGUUGGAAUUGGUGUGGAACAGUUGGCCUACCAUCAUCACGACUGGAUCAUCUUCAGAAAUUGGUGUAGACCAGGAGCUGAUUGUGUUACUCCAGGACUAUAUGCGAUGGUGGGAGCUGCUGCGUGCUUAGGUGGAGUUACCAGAAUGACAGUUUCACUUGUCGUGAUCAUGUUUGAAUUAACAGGAGGACUAGAGUAUAUUGUGCCUCUUAUGGCUGCAGCUGUUACUAGCAAGUGGGUUGCUGAUGCUUUUGGCAAAGAAGGGAUCUACGAAGCACAUAUCCAUUUGAAUGGCUAUCCAUUUCUGGAUGUAAAAGAUGAAUUUACCCAUAGAACACUGGCUACUGAUGUUAUGAGGCCCAGGCGUGGAGAACCUCCUCUUUCUGUCUUGACUCAAGACAGCAUGACUGUGGAAGAUGUGGAGACAUUAAUCAAGGAAACAGAUUACAAUGGUUUUCCAGUGGUGGUUUCUAAAGAGCGCCUUAUUGGCUUUGCACAGAGACGGGACUUGAUUCUUGCAAUAAAAAAUGCAAGGCAGUGCCAGGAUGGCGUAGUAAGCAAUUCAAUUGUAUAUUUUACUGAAGAGCCUCCAGAGGUCCCUGCCAAUAGCCCUCAUAUGCUGAAGCUCCAGCGUAUUUUGAAUCUGAGCCCCUUCACUGUCACAGACCACACACCAAUGGAAACAGUGGUAGACAUUUUCAGAAAACUUGGACUCAGGCAGUGUCUUGUCACACAUAGUGGGAGGCUGCUGGGCAUUAUCACCAAAAAGGACGUGUUAAGGCAUAUGGCUCAAAUGGCAAAUCAAGAUCCUGAAUCCAUCAUGUUUAACUAGGCUGUUCCCAAGGCUGUUUUCCUAGUUAAAGGAAAAGAUUCCUAUUGAACUGAUUGAAAGGAAUUCGAAUAGC